CGAGCAGAUCUCCAUGCACCGAGCAUCCAGAGAGUCGCGCCGCAUGCCAACGGAGCAGACAUGGGCAGAGCGAUGGUGGCCAGACUGGGCCUGGGGUUGCUGCUUCUGGCACUGCUCCUACCCACACAGAUCUAUUGCAACCAAACAUCUGUUGCACCGUUUUCAAGUAACCAGACUAUCUCUACUGCCCCAAAUCCAACUAAUGCCACCACCAAAGCAGGUGGCAGUGCCCUGCAGUCAAAGGCGAGUCUCCUCGUGGUCUCACUUUCUCUUCUACAUCUCUGCUGUUUGAGACUCGGGCCAAGAAACAUCUCUACUUCCCCAUCUUCUAGACCCACCCCAAUGGUAACCACAAGUCCAGUGUGACCCGGAAGAAACAGGUCCACAUCAAAUCUGCUAUUACCACCCCUCAACAGAAAACCUUGAGAAUUCAUGUGAAGGAUGUGACAGACAGUGAAUACCAAUAUUGAAUCUGUUAGAGUUCUAUGUUCAAGAUGAAGAGUGAUAACAUCUGAAGUUGACAUGAUUUCCUUGAAUGUGACUUAAGAAAUGUGGACACUUAAAACUGUAACUUGAAAUCAAGCAUAGGUUUUAUGUAGAGAUAAGGAUGGGAUGUAGGGUAGAGAUUGUUUUCAUUGGCUCAU